UCUGAGCUGAUGGCAGAUCUGUGCGGUGGAUAAGCAUCGCGCCAGCGGGUUGUGCAAAAUCUCCUCUUCUUCUGCGGGAAUGAGAGCGGAAAGCAGCGCUGGAGGGAAAAAGUUCAGCUUGAGCAGAACUCUUGCGAGGGAGCAGCCUAAAAUGUGGAUGAACUGACAUUUCCUCCUCCACCAGGGCUGAUCACUCAACUUAAACACCGAGCAAAACGUCGCUCCCGUCGGAAAAAAAUGGCCGUCCGUGGCAACUCGCUGAUGCCUUUUUCCAUCCAGGCCAUCCUGAACAAAAAGGACAGCAGCAGACACUUACCAGAGCUGGACGUAUGCUUCUCCAAAGCGGCGUGUUGGAAAAUAUUCGGAGAGAUGAACGACGAGUCCGGGAGGACGGAGGAGGCGUCCUGUGUGCGGACAGAGCAGAAAAGCUACGACUCGGACUCCGGACUCAGCGACGACAACGACGGAAAGACUCCGGCCAUGCGCAAGCCGGAGAGGAACGGCGAGCCGGGGUCAGAUGUGCCGGAGGAGAGCCUGCAGGAGGAGACGGACCACGAGUCUCCGGCUGCGGAGAAUGCAAAGAGUGACAGUGAGCCCAACAAUACUACGGACUCCAGCAACCCAGACGAGAAGAACCUGGAGCAGCCCAAGCAGCGGAAGAAGCGCUCCAGAGCCGCCUUCUCCCACGCACAGGUUUUCGAGCUGGAGCGCCGCUUCAACCACCAGCGGUACCUCUCCGGGCCCGAGCGGGCGGACCUGGCGGCCUCCCUGAAACUAACAGAGACACAGGUCAAGAUCUGGUUCCAGAACCGCCGCUACAAGACGAAACGCCGGCAGAUGGCCGCAGACUUGAUGGCAUCCACCCCGGCGGCCAAAAAGGUAGCGGUGAAGGUUCUAGUGCGGGACGACCAGAGACAGUACGGCCCCGGGGAGAUCCUGCGGCCCCCGCUGCUCUCCCUGCAGCCUUCCUACUAUUACCCGUACGCGUACUGCCUCCCUGCGUGGACACUGUCUGCGUGUGCGGGGAAUCAGUGAGAACCCUGAGACUUUUAUUUAUUAUUCAUUUGUUUGCUUCUCUUCCCGGGAACCAACAUAACUUUACGUUUUUUUUUCUGACAAGAAGAAGAGCCCUGAGGGGAAAGUUAAUCAGCUCUGCGUCCCUGAUUUGUCAUCGGGUUGUUCCUAGACUUUUUUACACUCUCAAAUACUUUAAAUAAUAUUUUAGUAAGAGCCUGUGUCUGAUCUGCAGAUGUCCUAAAAAACUAUCUGGAAUGAUAUGGGAAAACUGAUUUGUGUCAUUUUAUCUCGAUGCUGGGACCCCCUCAAGAACCCUAUAGACUUAAAAUGACACCUUAUAUUUUACAUGCGCCUUCCUACCUCUGCAGUGAUUGGAAAUAGAUGUAUUCCGUUGACAUAUUUUAAAAAAGAGCAACUCUCUGUUAGAGAUUGUUUUUUUUUUUUUUUAUUAAUUUUUUGCUGUGUUUGUAAAGGUAAGAUAUUUAAGCACUUUUGAGCAUAUAUGUCAUUUUUCUUCGUGUAAAAUGCAUGCAGCGCGCAUGUUCGGGUUCGGAGUUAAAAGAAGGGCUUGUCGGGCCUAACAGUGGCACGAAGCGACUUCUGACUGAAAUUUGCAUGUUUUUGUGUUGAAUGGUUGUUUAGAUCGAAUAACAUUAAAACAUAUCAGGCAUUAAUUAUUGGAUCUGGAUGCAAUUUUCUUUUUUGUUUUGCGUUCUUUUACUGGGAGCAACGUAGAAAACAAUGACGUUUUCCAACAUUUUGGAGCGUUUUCCAUUUUUACGCACAUAUUAAUUUGCGACUUGGUCAGGUAAUACUAAUUACCAGUUCUCUUGUGUUCUUUAGUUCAUUAUAUACCCACCUGCAGUGACCAGGGCAAUAAACUGAUUUGGUUAAAUCGUUUCCAUGCCUUGAACUCAAAAACAAUGAUUUACUUAGCAAAUAAAGUGUAAUUUAUUUCACUCUCUCGACUUUUUUUUAACAUAACCCCUCAGAGAUUUUAUUUCACCUGAGCCAUGGUGGCUUUCCUCCUGUCACACCUUGAUGAAUGGCUCUGCAAUUCCUGCACAGGCCGAACUGACAGCUACCUUUACAGCUCUAUGUCAUCAAAAGCAGAAGAGUAUUCUGGGGUUAAGGAGGCCCAUGUCACUACAUUUAAGAAUAAAAACUAGGUUUCUCGUUUUGCCCUUUGAGUGCUUCCCCCCCCUCCCCUCCUUCAUGCUAAAGAAACGCUUAAACGACUCUUUCUUCGCGGAUUGAGGUCUUUAUAUUGGAACUGAAAUAUUGCAGGAGUCGCGUUGGCUUGUUGUUCCGAGUGUAUUUACAGCCUGGGUGUUAAGUUGAGGUCAGAAGGGAGCUGCCGUGCAAUACUCCCUCAUCUUUGACCUUGUAGAGGCUUGUUCACUACUGACACUACUUGAGAGCCUGCAAAUCAGUCAAAACGUAUUGAAAUCCACUUAAUAUUGUCUGCUUCAGAUGCCCGCGGAUCAACGGUUUCCCUUCAUUUUUUUGUUGCGCAACAGUCUUACGCACCGUUGAUGUGUUUGAUGCAGGCGUGCUAUUCACAGCAGCCAACGCAUCCUUGGUUCCUUCAGAUUUCGAAAUGACACAUAGUGACGAGUGGACCGACCCAUAUAGGCCUACUUGACAUGUAUAUGUACCUGCAUGUGUAUAUAUCUGAUACAGAGGGACAUAUAGGAGCUGGUAUUCCUUUCAGCCUUGUAUUUAGGAGGGAAACACCCGUAUUGGCGUCCAUUAACAUCCUAUCUCCUCCCCAUUAUUUCUUGAUUGCGUAAACGCAACGUUGGCACAAUGAGUGAUAAAUGAGUAAAUGCUCUUUGCAAAUAAAAUAAAUUCAU